AUGAGCCUCCAAUUCCUACAAGAGUUGGAAAAAAAGAAGCGUAAAGCUAAGGGUCCUGAUGCCGCACUAAAGCUACCACAAGUUACUCCGCAUACGCGGUGUAGGCUAAAACUUUUAAAACUAGAAAGAAUUAAAGAUUAUCUCUUGAUGGAGGAAGAGUUCAUUCGUAACCAAGAACGACUUAAGCCUCAAGAAGAAAAAAUUGAGGAAGAAAGAUCAAAGGUGGAUGACCUAAGAGGAACACCUAUGUCAGUGGGUAACUUAGAAGAGAUCAUAGAUGACAAUCAUGCUAUUGUGUCUACAUCUGUUGGCAGUGAACACUAUGUUAGCAUUUUGUCAUUUGUUGACAAAGAUCAGUUGGAACCUGGCUGCUCUGUAUUAUUGAAUCACAAGGUUCAUGCUGUAGUGGGUGUGUUGGGUGAUGAUACAGACCCCAUGGUGUCUGUGAUGAAGCUGGAGAAAGCACCUCAGGAAACAUAUGCUGACAUUGGAGGUCUUGAUAUACAAAUUCAAGAAAUAAAGGAGUCAGUGGAGCUGCCCCUGACUCAUCCAGAGUACUAUGAGGAAAUGGGUAUCAAACCACCAAAAGGUGUUAUUUUGUAUGGUCCACCAGGAACAGGAAAGACUUUGCUAGCAAAGGCUGUUGCUAAUCAAACUUCAGCUACAUUCCUUCGUGUUGUUGGAUCUGAACUUAUCCAGAAAUACUUGGGUGAUGGUCCAAAAUUGGUACGGGAAUUGUUCCGAGUUGCUGAAGAACAUGCACCAUCUAUUGUUUUUAUUGAUGAAAUUGAUGCAGUAGGUACAAAGCGUUAUGAUUCUAACUCAGGAGGAGAAAGGGAAAUUCAAAGAACAAUGUUAGAGUUGUUGAAUCAACUUGAUGGAUUUGACUCCAGAGGAGAUGUUAAGGUUAUAAUGGCAACAAACCGUAUAGAAACUUUGGAUCCAGCUUUGAUUCGUCCUGGUCGAAUUGACAGGAAGAUUGAGUUCCCACUGCCAGAUGAAAAGACGAAGCGUCGCAUUUUCACCAUUCACACAUCUAGAAUGACUUUAGCCACUGAUGUAAACUUGUCAGAACUUAUUAUGUCUAAGGAUGAUCUCUCAGGAGCUGAUAUAAAGGCUAUAUGUACUGAAGCUGGUCUAAUGGCUUUGCGAGAACGGCGUAUGAAAGUCACUAAUGAAGAUUUUAAGAAGUCAAAAGAAAGUGUCCUAUAUCGUAAAAAAGAAGGAACACCUGAAGGAUUAUAUCUUUAA